AGGCGCCGCCGCCCGCCCACCCCAUGACGGCCGAUUCCUGGAGGAACCUCAUCGAGCACAUCGGGCUCUUGUAUCAGGAAUAUCGAGACAAAUCUACGCGCCAGGAGAUUGAAACCAGACGGCUGCAGGAUUCACAGACGGACCCCGAGGAGAGCUCACCCAGUGAGGAAACCCCGUCUGAAGCAGAACCUGCAAAUACAACCGAAAGCAAAGCUCCGCCGCAAAUCAGCUUGCUGAGGAACUCCAACUCCAGGUUCAACUUAUGGCAGGAUCUUCCCGAGAUCCGGAGCAGCGGGGUCCUCAGCAUCCUCCAGCCAGAUGAGAUCAAGCUGCAGGAGGCCAUGUUCGAGCUGGUGACUUCCGAAGCCUCGUACUACAAGAGCCUGAACCUGCUGGUGUCUCACUUCAUGGAGAACGAGCGCCUGAAGAAGAUCUUGCACCAGUCCGAGGCACACAUCCUCUUCUCCAACGUCCUGGAUGUCAUGGCCGUCAGCGAGCGCUUCCUGUUGGACCUGGAGCAGCGGGUGGAGGAGAACAUCGUCAUCUCGGACGUGUGCGAUAUCGUCUACCAGCACACGGUUAAUCACUUCUCUGUCUACAUCACCUAUGUCUCCAACCAGACCUACCAGGAGAGAGCUUACAAGCAGCUUCUCCAGGACAAGCCAGCUUUCCGGGAGGUGAUCUCACAGCUGGAGCUGGAUCCUAAGUGCAAAGGCCUGUCCUUUUCUUCCUUCCUGAUCCUGCCAUUUCAAAGGAUCACCCGGCUCAAGCUGCUGGUGCAGAACAUCCUGAAGAAAGUGGAAGAGAAGUCUGACAGGGAAACCACAGCCCUGGAUGCACAUAAAGAGCUGGAAACAGUGGUGAAAGCCUGCAAUGAAGGCGUCAGGAAGAUGAGCCGAACCGAGCAGAUGAUCAGCAUCCAGAAGAAACUGGAAUUCAAGAUCAAGUCCGUGCCCAUCAUCUCUCACUCCCGCUGGCUGCUGAAGCAGGGGGAACUGCAGCAAAUGAACGGGCCAAAGACAUCGCGAACGCUUCGCACCAAGAAGCUCUUCAGAGAAAUCUACUUGUUCCUUUUCAAUGACCUGCUGGUAAUUUGCCGGCAAAUUCCUGGGGACAAGUACCAAGUGUUUGACUCUGCUCCCCGCGGGCUUCUUCGGGUGGAGGAGUUGGAAGACCAGGGGCAGAGCUUGGCCAACGUCUUCAUCUUGAGGCUGCUGGAGAACGCAGAUGACCGGGAGGCCAGCUACAUGCUGAAGGCAUCGUCCCAGUGA